AGUACCUCUGUCCACGCCCAAGCUCCCUUACAGUCGGGACUCAGUACCUCUGUCCACGCCCACCUUCCCUUGAACAGUUUGGCGAACACACCAGCAGCAUGGACAGGUGCCGGUGGCCUUACUGGCAACUCCACAGGAGUCACAACAUUGAUUACAGGAGCAGCGGUAGCAUGUACUUCUCAAUCCUGUUCGACAACAAAUGUCUCUACAGCAGAAGAAUGGACAGGCGCCUCUUUUGCGGCCGAUGCCUGGUACCCCUCCUCGAGCUUUGUGCCCGCGGACUCAUCCGCCAACAUUCUAUACACCAACAAAGCCGAAAUGAAGAACUGUAAGAAAUUACUUUGCCAGCAAUCAGGCAAACAACGAGAUGGCCUACAUGACCUAAUCAUAUCUUUCUCGGACUUUUGAUUUUAUUUUACCAAGAUCCCUCGGAAGCCAG